AAUGGGAUUGAGAAACAUAUCAAUCUUGAUCGAAUGGCAGAGCAGACUUGAUGAUCUGAAUGACCGAAUUCUUCUCUGAUAUUUAUUGGGCAAUUAAAGCCAUAAAACUACUGCAAACACAUUCCAAAGGUCUGGUGUAAAAAAAACCUAAAUUCAUUGGAAUAUCAAGUGUCCAGAUAAGUGAAUCAGGAAAUUAAAAUCAAGGGAAGAAAAUCUGUGUGGAAAAUGCAUGGGCCCAGUCUGCCAGAAAGAAAAUACUAAAUUUAAAUAUUCCCUGGGCAAGCAGUCGAGAGACUGUACAUUCACUUUCAGAAGAGCACACAUUUAGCCUGAGACAGGCUCUGCGCACACGCAGUCUGGGCUCGGUGGGGAGGGGAGAGGAGACUGCACAUGCGCUCUCUCUGGGUUUUGACAUUUGUGUUUUGGGGAUGUGCAGGGGGGCUGAGUUCUCACGGUGUGACUGUGUUUGUAUCUGUUUCAUCAAUGCCCGACUCAUGCUGCAGUUAAAACUGGCCGUUGACAGUGUGGGCAUUCCUGAGAGGCUGACGCCGGGGAAGAUCGACGCCUGCUCGGUGGACUUGUAGUUUUUGAAUUUGCUUCCUCCAAGGGGUUAAUAUUUCCUGCGAAGUGGGAGGAUAAAACAUCAGACUCACGUUUAUCUCGAGCAGCGGCCUGUCAAAAUUUAUAUCUGAAAACGCCAGUAUUCUCUCUCUCUUUUUGUUGCUUAGAAUUGGUUUGAAGCAAGGAAAUCGGUUGUAGGAGGAGGCGGCGUGUGACGUGGCGCAGCAACUGACAUGGAGCCCGGGGAGGAAAUAGGCAAGGAUGCCCCAAGGCAUGGUAUGUUGUCAAGACCAUGCCGACACUGACAACGGAUGAAUGGACACCACGCAACAGUUGCCAGACAGGAAUGUUUCCUCCCAGUUGGGGAACACUUCAGUGGUCAAGGACAUUCAGCCUCCGAUCUUUGGACAUGGACGUUAUGAAACCUCUAAUAGGAGUGACUCAUAGUUCUGAAAGUAUAUCAGAUGAAGAACAAGAAACUGAAUUAACAGACUUACAAUUACGACAACCUGGUGAUGAAGAGGGAAUCUCGUUUACCCAGACAUUAAUUCAUUUGUUGAAAGGAAACAUUGGAACUGGGCUCCUAGGUUUGCCACUUGCAGUCAAAAAUGCAGGUCUUAUGCUAGGACCGGUCAGUCUUGUGCUCAUGGGAAUUGUGGCAAUUCAUUGUAUGCAUGUUGUAGUCCGCUGUAGUCAUCACUUCUGUCAAAGAUUUCAGAAACAAGGUCUGAGUUAUGGGGACACAGUCACAUUUGCUUUGGAACAAGGACCACUCUUAUAUCUUCGAAACAAGGCUUCAUGGGGAAGGGUGACUGUUGAGUUCUUCCUCGUCAUUACGCAACUGGGAUUUUGCUCAGUUUAUUUUGUUUUCCUUGCUGCUAACAUGAAACAGGUGGUGGAAGGAUUUUUGAAGAAUCAUACGCGUUACAAUGACUUGAACGUUACCAGCAGUCCAGCUGAUGAGUGGAACGUUGAUGCAAGGAUAUACAUGCUCAGCUUGCUUCCUUUUUUGAUCAUCUUUGUUUUUAUUCGUGAUCUCAAGUACCUUGCAGUAUUCUCUUUUUUGGCAAAUCUCUCAAUGGCUGCCAGUCUUGUUAUCAUCUAUCAGUAUAUUAUUAGGGACAUGCCUCAUCUAUGGAAGCUUCCUUUGGUUGCCAGUUGGAAAAAAUAUCCGCUUUUCUUUGGCUCUGCAAUAUUUGCUUUCGAAGGAAUAGGGUUGGUUCUUCCUUUGGAAAAUAAAAUGAAGCAAAGAAAACGUUUUCCACGAGCACUAAACAUUGGAAUGGGCAUCGUCACAGCUUUAUAUGUUUCAUUGGCUACUCUUGGGUAUCUACACUUUGGUGAUAGCGUUCAGGGCAGUAUCACGUUAAACCUUCCACAACACAUAUGGCUAUACCAGCUGGUGAAAAUCCUUUACUCCUUUGGGAUCUUGGUAACUUAUACAGUCCAGUACUAUGUUCCAGCAGAGAUCAUUCUUCCAACUGUUUCUGCGCAAGUACCUCCAAGAUGGAAGCUACUUUGUGAUCUUGUGGUCCGAACUCUUCUUGUUUGUCUAACCUGUGCCACAGCUAUCUUAAUUCCGAGACUUGAUUUAGUAAUUUCAUUUGUUGGAGCAGUCAGUAGUAGUGCUUUGGCUCUCAUCUUUCCCCCCUUGCUGGAGAUCAUCACUUUUUCUGGAGAAGGAAUCUCUGUCUGGUUGCUCCUUAAAGACAUCUUUAUUGCAUUGAUUGGAAUCAUUGGCUUCCUGACUGGAACAUAUGUGACUGUUGUGGAGAUCAUCUACCCAGAUACAGCAUCAGUAGUUAAGCCUACUACAAGUUCUUCCAUCUACUUUAACUCUACUAUAUUGAAUUCUUGGGCCAAUAAUUCAAGCUUAUGAGCAAAAAGUACUUUGGAGCUGCUAUAUUUCGAGGAAUUAUGGGAACUAUCUACAACUAUGUAGCUUAGAAAACAAUGAGUGAAAAUGGAAAUACUACUUAAAUUGAAUGCUUAAGCUGUUCACUACAAUUUCAAGGAUCUUACAUACUUGCAUGUAAGACAUAAUAGUUGUUGAGAAUUUGGUUGUAGCUGCUUUGUAAAUUAUUUUUGUGUUGGUUGUGUGUUUGGCUCAAUAAAGUAGGCACUUUGUAUAAUGUGACAAUGCUGCUCUGUGGCAGUUGUAUAUAAAGGUGGGUGACAUAGGUUGGCAUGCAGGUUGUUUUCCCCCUUUGCUUGUGAGAUGUAUUUUUUCUGCUCAACAUCUCUCUAAUGCUAUGCCAGAAAUAGGAACAUGACUGAAGAGUUGUAAAAUUGAAACAAUGUAUUCCUUGGUGCAGUACAUGAUAUAUUUUAUCCCAGUUCUUUUGUAUCAUAUAUUUUAACCAUAAGGAUUAAGUCAGAGAUAAUGUAAAAACAUAUUGAUUUACCCAGUGAAAAUUGGGAGAAGGAGUAUGACAGUGUUCUCAUAAAAUUUUUGUAGUACUCCCCUCUGAUUCUGUCAUCCUGUAAACUACACAGUGUAAUACCUGUCCCUUCAGAGUAUUAGGAUAACAGCAGAACACCCAAUCCAGCAGAAUUAGCGCAAUUAACCUCCUGUAACACUUCAAAUGUGCUCUGCUGACGCCCUCCACUCCUGAACUUCUCCAAAAUAAAAUGUUUUGAGAAAUUUGGCAACAAAUGAAAUCUGGUUUUAUUCAGACAUUUGGAGACGGAAAGGACUGCAGAUGCUGGAAGCUAGAGUCAAUAAAUGUGAAGCUGGAAAAGCACAGCAGGUCAGACAGCAUCAAGGAGCAGGGAUUUCAAUGUUUCAGUCCAAAACCCUUCGUCAGGACGGAGUCUGGUUCUAUGCAGUAGCCUUCACGUGAGUAUCGUGCAUAAGUUCAAAGCUAAUAUGGUAUCAGCCCAGCAACUCCAGCUGAAACUUGCUACACUCCAGUUCUUAGACCUAUGGUUUGAACUCAACCUUCAGUGACGUCCACAUAUGAAUUUUAUCAAUUAUAACUUUUUUCAAGUUUUCCAUUGAAUCUCAAUAUAGACCAUGCAAAUAGUUGGUCUAACACAUGGGGGGGUGGGUGUGGUUGAGAAGUAAAGGAGUAGAAAUUAUUGUAUGGACAUGCCAGCUCACUACGCUGUAUGAGAUACUGUUUAUGAGGAGGGUUGCUGCCAUCAUCUUCUUUAAGCAUAGGAAACUCUAGGGCCUAAUUGGUCGAUGAAAACCACUUCCUGGUCUAGUAGAAGACUUUUUACUAAGUUACCAAGAUAUAGUUUAUUGCAUGUUAGCAACUAGUUAUAGGUUACAUUGGUAUAAUAGAUAAUGUUACAGAGACUCUGAGGAGGACCAGAUGUUGGGUCACACUCCCUCAAGAUUCUAAAUUGUUUCCACCCCAUAUGUUCAUAUGAUAACAUAGUAGAUCAUGCUUGUACAUGCCUCAGCAUUAACUCUUUCAGUUACAAAUACAACUGAAAUCCUCAAAGAAUGAUACCAUGUUUCUCAUAUUGAUACCACUUACUAAGGUAUUCAACUUCAUUUGUGCCACCAGAUACCAGAAUGGUGUUUAAAGACAACAAAAGCAGGAAUAUUAAAAGUUAGAAAUUAAAGCAAGUACUAUUGUAGACAAUAUCUGCAACUGUUUGAUUGAGCUCUAAUCUUCUAAUAUAGAUUGUAACUUUUUGAUUUGUUCACUAACUUGUAAUCUAUGUAAAAUCUCCUUUGCAACAACUGUUGUUUUUGUUCCAAUAUACAGUUUAAUAUGGAGUGCCUAUGGAAAAGGGAACAGACUUAGAAAAAUACAGAUUUCCGAAUAAAAAUGUAAAUGUUGUCACUAAUAAUAUAAUACUAUUGAAAUUUAGUUGUCAUUGGGCUCUAUAGAGGAGUUGGGAUUAAAAUAAGGUUAAAUAUUUCCUUCUUAAAUUAACAAAAUAGUCAUGUUUGUCAGAAGAAAAAGAUCAGCAGAUAGUUAUUUGAGUGUGUAGAACUUUCUCAUUGCUAAGAUUAAUGAGAAUAACAUUUAGCUAUUUUAGAAAUAAGAGUGUAGAGAUAUCCAUCUGCUUAAGGACUCAAUUUAUGUCAUGUUUUUACAAAUAACCAUUAUUAGCAAUUGCUGCUUAUUCUGCUAAAAUAAACUGAAGUACUGUAUUUGAUCAUUCUAAAAUUGCCCCCACAGCAGUCAGGAAAAAAGGAUGCCCUAGAGUUAUUUAAAUGAUAUUCGGCUUCAUUCAAAUAAGUCAUCUGUUAGUAACUUUGGACUGACAGGGGACUUCUAAACCUACUUCUGCUUGUAUUGGUUGCUCAAAAGAGUUCAAAAUUGUCCUGAGUUAUUUAUGGGAAUGUAGAACAAUUUCUGCUCUGGGACUGGUGAAUAAAGUUACUCUGCCAACAGGAGUAUGUGGUUCAGUGCACCACUGGGGCUGCGAGAGGAGUAAUUUGUUAAUUAGCAGCACAUUAUAGCAUCAAGCAGUAAUGAUGCUGUAAUUAUCAUUCACUCUGCACAAAAAAAGCAAAACAAAUUCAUCACUUUUCUCAGUGGAACAGCAAGGCAGAAAGAUAGUUCCAGGCUCCACCAAGAAAACUGACUUCCUCAGGUCUAGGGCAUAAUUACCUACAUCCUUAUAGCCUUGCAUGCUCCAUAUAAAGAAAUUGGAAUGUACAUAAACAGGAAGGACUUCCAUUGACUGACCACCAGGAACCUAGAGGAGUGUUACCUUUGGAGUCACUCCUCUAUAGAUCUCUAGCUGACAAGCAAUUAGAGUUAGGAAACAAAGGUUUCACUGUCAAUACAGGUGUUCAGGCAUUCUGCAAUAUAACCUUGAGAGCCAGUGUCCAGAAUCACUGUAAUUUAUUGCAUGCUCUAUAAUUUUGCCCUACAAAAGUGGAGGCAGCAUUCAAGACCAAGAUAAAUAGUCAAAUCAAGAUUGUCAAGGAAGACCAGCCACUACCAAACCUGCCAGACUAAUAUAAUAAAUGCUUUGUUAGAAUUGUCACCAUUCUCUCGCACCAACAGUCUUUCCUACCAUCAGCCUGAUAAAUAUCUCCUGCUUCAGCAUAGGUACUGGAACUUUCUCGCGACCAAAUACCCAUGAGACCAAAGAAAUUGCACGGGAACAAAAUGGUCCAAAAUGGUUCUCUUUACAGUUCAGAACAAAUAAUGUGGAAAAUGAACUAUCAUCUUGAGACAAAUCCCGACCACCUGUCUUAACAAUGCUUUCAGCUAAUCUGGUGCCGUUACAAGAAUAUACCCUAAUGACUCAGGCAUGUAAUUAGUUUAGCAAUUUGGUUGGAGAGCAGGUAUGCAAUCAUUCGGAGACAGAAGUGUAUGUGUUUCAGUCAUGAUGACACAGUCCUGCUACCCUGCAGGAGAAUACAGUGUAUUGGUGAUGUGACGAUUUGAUUGCACUUUGGGCCUUAAAAGUUGGAGAAAAUGUUGGAAUCUAGAGCCAUCAAAGCAGGAGCCUGAGCUCCCAUUUGUCAUCAGAGCUCCAUGACCGACGGCCUUGGUACAGUGCUCAGAGAUGAUCAAGUAUUCCAUAUUUACUGCAUUGGUUCUAAGCCUUCUGCACUGAUACUACAUAAAUUGGGAGCUGUCUUUUUCUGAAUGUCAAAUAUUUUAUGAAGACUUCUUGGCAGACAGUCUGAUACAUUGAACGUUUGGGUGGUCAAAUUAGCAGUCAUCUUUAUAUGUAUCAUUUACAACCAUACUAGGAUGCAAAUUCACCCUCCAACGAGCUGUUGCUUGGGCCUGCACACUUAAAUAUCGUUGCAUAGUAUGACUCACUGUAUACAAUGCCCUCCAACUGAGCCUUUAACUAAAAGAGAUGACAAUUUCUGACCUGACGCCUACAAGGCAGUUUUGUCUUCCUCCUCUGCUGAAACUACACCCAUUAUUUGUGAUGGAUUAGGAAACAAAAAUAGGGGAGUUAACCGAAGCAAUCGAGUGGCAGCAAUAUCAUUUCAAACUGUUUCAUAUGAGGAAAAAAACAAAAUCAGAAGAGAAAAAGGUGACACGAGUACAGACCUUAAGUAGCAUGUCCUCUAGCCUCGACAAGUGUGAUGUUCUUGAUGUGUGCUCUAGCAACUAACUUCAGUGCAGACUCUUUCAGCGAGCUCAGGACUUGUGAAGAUAAUGGCCCUCCACCUGUAUUCUCCUAUUUCUUGGUAUUAUAUGCCAGUCAGUCCUACAAAAUAAAAGAAAAUGUGCUGGUGUGUGGCAGGCUGGAAGGUUUGAAAGGGAUUCAUGUCAACAUUGUAUAUGUUUUUGAAAGAUUCCAUAGGUGUGGGUACAGGAUGUUAUUUGCACCAUUGUAGAAGGUGCAAAGUUAACCAGUAACAUCAGUAGAAGAUUAAAUGGAGUGUGUGGACUGAAUGAAUGAGAGGAGUUGCUAAGCGGAGUCAGAAGACUAGAGCUAAACCAGGGUCAAUUGUGGUAUAGGCAGCCAGAAUAAAAGAGAUGUGUGAAAGAAUCUGGUCAAAUCAUGAAUUUCCUGAGCCAUUGUGUUCAUGUCCUAGGAGCAAUGCUCCAUUACAGUAACCUGCUCUGUCAGUGCUGCUGUGACCACUACCAUUGGUUAUUUGCCUGACAGCUUUCACCAAUUGUCUGGAAAGAGCACCAUCUCCACAUGAACUUGGAGAACAUAUUCAAAAACUUAAGGCAUGUUGUAGAAUUUGUCCAAGCAACUACACUUUAUAGCGAUGAUACAAAGAAAUGUUGCAAAGCAUCAGCAUGUACCUUCUCUUUAAAAAGUGCAGGUUGUUUUAAGUUGAGUCACCAAUGACCAAUAUUCAUCCAUAAUCAGCAAGGUACCAAUAAACCACACAAGCUAUGCUGUCAACUCAUCAAUGAAAUAAUUAAGUUACAAACAUCAAUUUUACUCCAGCCUCUUGCUGAUAUUAUUGAUAGCACUUUGUACCUAUUUUCAACACAAGCUGAAUUUGAACCUAUCAGUUCCCGUGUAUAAGUGUGUAGUAACAUGUUUUCCUAACGUUUUAUCUUACCUUUUACAUAUUAUCUGGAAUUUCUGGGGAGGUCCUGUCAAAGGAGUUUGGUAGAAUUGAUGGAGUUAUAGUGGCAGGUUUUGAAAAAACACAUUAUGCCAGCCAUUUUCUAAACUCCUGGACAAUAAAAAUUAUAGAAAAACUAUAGUAUUCAUUAAAAGUCAUAAUUUGUCUUACCCAGCUGGAGACCUUAUUUUCAACAUUCAGCAUACCAGAGAGUCCAUCUUUUAUGGAGCUAUACAUUUUUUCUGAGAAACCAACUGGAAAGGAUUUGCAUUGAAAAAGCUUUGGUGGAAUUUUAACUAAGUAUUAUGAAGCUACUGUGAAAAUAUUGUUUAUUAUUUUCAUUGCAGUCAUAGCCUUCAAGUGAAUGGGAAAAUAAAUCAAACUGAAGUUCAUUGACACUAUACACUGAAUGAUAUCAGGUGUAAGUCAAUCCCAAGAUAAUUAAGUUUCUAAUACUUGAUAAGAUAAGCAAUAUGUGGAAUAUAAUAUAAUUUUUGAUAGCUCAUUCAAAUGAUAAAAAUUGUCAUGACAUAUAUUUGAUAUUUCAGAGAUGAGAAAGUUUUUCUGUAUAUAUUUGGGUGAAUCAUAAUUAACUGUCAUCAACAGUGUGCAGUUUUCUAGAAUUCUUUUAAUAUUGAAUUCAUUAGUUCUGUUAGGGCUACAGUAGGCAUUAAAUGGACCAUAUAUCCAUCCCAACGUGUUAAUUUAUAGACCCUUGGAAAAACAAUGUAAUUUGAACCGUUCUAUGAGCCAUUUGCAUAGGUGAAAGCAUUACUAUAGCAGUCAGAAUUAAAAUGUAAUUGUUCUCUACAUUAGCAAUACAUAUUAAAUAUAAUCCUGUUUCAAAGCACACCAGUAAUGACCAUGAGAACAGCUUUUUUAUUGUAUUACAGUUAUUAGUACAAAUUUGAUUAUCAUGAUUAAUAUUAAAUGCAAAAAUAUGUAACUGGAGAUACAAGAUAUUGUCAUCUUUUGAAUCAUCUUGAAUAUUUAUCAUAUUCUUGUAUUUUCUUUCUUAUUAAGGUCUUUCUACACAGGUACAACUUCAUUUGCUUAAUUGUUUGUGCCCCCUCUGACUUCAUGUCAUUGUACUUCAACAGUUGUACAGUCAGGUUUAAUUAUAUUCUAUUGUUUCAUGUCAAAAGUAUUAAUGUAGACUAGAGUAAAACUAAAUAUAUCUGUUUCUUCAGGUUGAUUCCAAUCCUUGACGUUUUUAAACUGCUACAUACCUGCACUUGUGUCAAACUAGACUGUUUAUCUAAAAUGAUCUACUAAGUGUACACUUAUAAUCUGAUGAGGUAUUGGGGUUCGAUUACAGGUUAAUCCAUUAUAAUCAUGCUGUAUUUUGUUAACCUAUCUAAUCAGAUAAACUGGCUACAGACUUCUAUAAUAUGUUGAUGUAAUAAUAAUGCACUGUUGUAGAUAAAGUGUACUGUAUCUGAUGGUUAGAAAACUUUUAAAAUGGUUAUAUGUUAGAAGACUUUAGUGUAAAAUAUUUUUGGAAAAUUUGAAAUAUAUUUGCUUUUGUAAAA